UCCCCGAUGCUCCUGUAGUAUUGCUAAUGACUCGACUUCUGCCUAAGAUUCGAGCCAGUGAGACGUGUCCGAGGAGUCUGUGGGGCGUUUCCUCAAUUUUGCGGGAGCGAGACUAGCCCUGAUUCUGAUUAAUUAAAAGGAAGGGGGAAGGAAGAAACUAAUCCCUUGCACACCGCAAAAACUUUGGCAUCUGCAGUUCAACUGUAGUGAGAUAGUGGAAAGAAAGCAAAAGUUUAUGUGGAGGCAGGAACGUGUGGCAACAGUUGCCUAAAGCCCAUGAGCUGCAGCACGGUGCUGCCUUAACCCCAGCUUUGUGAUGGCAAUUACUGCUGUGUGCAGCACUUAGCAGAAAUUAGUUUGGGUUUCCUCUGUGGCUUCCCAUAAAUUUCUGAAUGUGUUUCCACGUCUUUACAAGUUAAUCUCCCCAAGAUAGUUAUCAUGUCCAUGCAGGAUGACUCACUCAAAAGGCCUGUUUGCCUCUGCUGUAGGUUGUGCUACUGACGAUGCCUAGAGCCCGAGCGAACUGCGGGGAGAGAGAGUACUCCCAUCAAGAUCACUGCUGUGUGUUUUGUGAAGCAGGUACCUUUGUUGCUGAUCACUGCAAUACUUCACAUUUGCAAGGAAAAUGUGACCCUUGCAAGGAAGGAAAAAGCUUUACUGCCCAUGCCAACGGCUUGGAGCACUGCUUGGCUUGCAGACAGUGCAAAGAAGGUCAGAUAACUCUGAGACCCUGUACCCUGACACAGAAUGCUGAAUGCCAGUGCAAACCAGGGUAUUUCUGUGAAGAUGAGGGCUGUGAAAUAUGUCGGAGAAUCAGUCAAGAGCAUCUGGACGGGAAAGAAAUCAUGAAUUCCACUGAUACCAUGGAACUAGGCUUAACUAAUCAAGUGAAGGAAGCUCAUAAUUGGUUUAUUCUGGGGCUUGUGUUGGCUGCUUUGGUUUUCCUCGUUGUCAUUGUUGUUCUUGUUAAAAAGCUGAAGUGUGAUAAAGCUGCUGCAACUGUUAAAGAUAUAGAGGGGCAUCUGGUAAGUAUGUGAUGGACCCAGUGUUUAAUCUCUAAUUGUUCACAGCCUAAUUGUACCUGACACACAGCUUUCAAUGUUUGUCUCACUGUAGAUCUCUGCUAGGAUGUGUUCCUGUGAUGCAACAAGUUGUGAUUCAUGCAAGGUCAGAAAUCAAUUAGCAAGUGUCUGAUGCAUUCAAUAGCUGCUGGUGUCUCCUUGUCAAUACUGGAAAACACUUCAGAGCCUGUGACCAGGAUGCUUUGGAAGUGGGGAAAAAACUUGGACUAGCUGCAAGUUUUCACUUCAGACUGUCUCCAAGUGAUACCUUGAUCCAAUUAAUUUAUUUUUUGCUGCUUCCCAUGUGAUGGCAGCUAUUGUUUGGUGUUGCAGCAUGGUGGUGUUCCAGCUCUCACUGCACUGUGACUACAAAUUAUUAGUUCAUAAGACUUAACCACUCCUGAUCCACUAAGCGAUUGAGUCUUCCUGCCUCUGGGCUCAUGUCACAAGCUACAGAUCAGGACCUGGCAGUCUGAAUUCUUGGUCCUAAGCAGUCCCAAAAGAGGAGGAGUUUGGGGCUCAGAGCAUGCCAGUCUCAAAGUACAUCCCUGAAAAGGGUUUAUCCAGCCGAGACUGGCUGCUGGCAUUUGUUCCAGCUUGAAGCUGGGUAUACCCUGGCAUCCAAAUGCCAUUUCAGAACUUUACUGUUUGAGUCUAAAAAACUUAUUGCUAGUCCAGCACUCUGCAAGACAAACACAAGGCUGGAUGAAGUAAAUACAAGCUGGCUUUAACUUCUCUACUUAGAAACUACAUCACUACCAGCACCACAAGGCAAAAAUGAGCUCAGUCUUAGUUUUACAAAACAAGUGUUAGUCUUGAUGAGCAACUAGGAAGGAUAUCCAUACUGUUCUCAGUGUGUGUACAGCACUUUUUUUUUUCUCCCUGGAGCUUCUCUUGUCCCUCACCAAUGCAUUACCCACCCAGUGUAUGCACUCUUGUCUAAUGUUACUAAGUAGACAUUUUGAGUAAUUAAAUGCAUUUUAAUUAUGUCAAAAAUACUUGAAGACUGAAGAAAGAGAAUUGAAAGAGAUAUUCAAAGGCUCACCCUAAACUCUGCUCUUUUUCUUUUUUAAGGUCCAUAAGUGGCUCAAAUAUGUGAAACACCCCAGGUUUUUUGUUGGGUUGUAUCUCCCCUCACGCCCUGGCCAGAUUUGCAGCACUUCACCUAUUUAUAGA